AACCGGAAGGCGCAAUGACGUAAUCGGCCGCUCUCUCCGUUCCCAGCGCAGGACAACAAACCGAGAAGAGAAGAAGACAACAAACAAACAAAACUUUAACAAACUCGACACAAGGCACUUUAGAAAGUUCCUUCAAACAUUUCCACGCUAUGCAGACUUCAUUCUAAGCAGGAACAGCGUCACGGAUGUGGAAGUAAGUCUGUACUGAUGGAGUCGCGCUAUGAGAUCCAGCGGAGGGCCGGCGGAGGCGCUGCUGGGUUCGGCGGGGGCUCCGCCACUGGCUCCCCGGCUCUCGGAGCCUCGGCUCGCCGCAGGAAAACACCGCCCAGACCGGCGGAUUACAAACUACAGGUCAUCAUUAUUGGCUCCCGGGGUGUGGGAAAGACGAGCCUUAUGGAGAGAUUCACAGACGACACUUUCUGUGAAGCCUGCAAGUCGACUGUCGGUGUGGAUUUUAAAAUCAAAACAGUGGAGCUAAGAGGGAAGAAGAUAAGGUUGCAGAUCUGGGACACAGCUGGUCAGGAGAGGUUUAACAGCAUCACCUCAGCCUAUUACCGAGGCGCUAAGGGCAUCAUAAUAGUGUAUGAUAUCACCAAGCAGGAGACAUUUGACGAUCUGCCCAAAUGGAUGAAAAUGAUCGACAAGUACGCGUCAGAGGAUGCUGAGCUCCUGUUGGUUGGGAACAAGCUGGACUGUGAGGCAGACCGUAUCAUCACACGACAACAGGCCGAGAGGUUUGCUUCCCGGAUAUCAGGAAUGCGUUUCUGUGAAGCCAGUGCUAAGGAUAACUUUAAUGUGGAUGAGAUCUUCCUCAAACUAGUGGAUGACAUUUUGAGUAAGAUGCCUCUUGAAGUGCCCAGCAGGGAGCUUUCCAACAGUGUCCUUUCUCUCCAGCCGGAGCCAGAAGUGCCCCCGGAGCUGCCCCCUCCUCGUAUGCGCUGCUGUUGAUACCACUCCCUGUCUUUUCUGAACCCCCACAAACCCCACUGUCUCCUGUUGUCCGCCCUGGGCACCUGCAGUUCCAGCUUCUGACCACCAGAGGGUGAAAUGCACCUGCACUGACAACCUCCUACCAGCAGGGGGCUGUGGACUCCAGCUCAUGUGGAGCAUGUGGGUGAAUUGUCAGUCAUGCAGUGCCCAGAGUGAGAGAAGACUCUGC